AUGGCUGAGAAGCUCAAGGUGGCCAUCAUCGGUGCAGGCCUCGGUGGUCUCACCUUAGCCAAAACCUUACUGCAACAGCCACGCCCGGUGGAGGUGUGCAUUUACGAAGCCUGGGACCAUUGGAAGGUUCGAGGUGGAAAGACUUCUCAGGUGGAUGGCUUUGACGUCCAUUUCCACGCCAAUGGUAUUGAGCUGUAUUCUAUGCAUCUCCCGGCCUGCACGGCCAUGAGAAAGGAUCUUCAGAAGAUCUUGGUGGACUCGUUACCCUCCAGUUGUAUCAAGCUUGGCCACAAACUGGUGGAGAUAACUGAAGGAACAGAUGAAGUGACGCUGGAAUUUGAGAACGGAGAAAGAGCCACCGCACAUUUGUUGGUGGCAUCAGAUGGCAUUCACAGCUUCGCGAGGCAGAAGAUCUUUGGUGGGGACCAGCCGGAAUUCACAGGUUUUCGGGUGUUGUAUAGCCUCUCUUCGAAGCAUUUCCGUGCUGAUCCCACUGUGGCUCAUGUUCAUUGGAAGGAGGUGGACGGUGCAGGCUAUGGUCUCCUGGACUUGACUGCAGGAAAGGGUGAGAAUCGCCAUGAUGUCAUGAUCAUCAUCAUGCGUAGCGAGGAACAAGUCACUGACCGUUGGGACUCGACGUUGGUCAAGGAGCGACUUGAGGAGUUUGCAGCGCACGUGGCACCGGACCACCCGGUUUUAGGGAAGGCGGUGGAGUGUUCAGAGGUAUGCUUCGACUGGGGCAUCUACAAACAGCCCACCAGAGAUUCUUGGAUCAGCCCUAAAGGUCGUGUGGUCCUGUUAGGCGAUGCAGCCCACGCCACGGCACCCUUCAUGGGUCAGGGGGCGAACAUGGCGAUGCACGACGCGUUUUGCCUGGGUGAAAUCUUGAUGAACGAAAAGAUCGCUAUGCAGGAUGGGCUCAAGCUCUAUGAGACCAGUCGCAAGGCCUAUUGCGAAGCCGUGGUGUCCAAAAGCUCCAUGGUUGGUGGCCUGCACACCGCUAGCGGCUUCAAGGCAACCUUGAGGAACAAUUUCCUUUGCUGGAUGAUGCUGAGAACCAUGAGAAAAGUGGUGGCCACAGAUCCCACAGCUCGCAAACCAUGGGAAGAGAAGAGCCCACGACGCUUCAGCCGCUUCUUCCAGCAGUUGGGGAAGAAAAUUCAAGGCAUUUGUUCCCCGGCAUCUCACUCAUCACAAAGAAGCUGGCGACAGGAUUUGAUGACCGAGACACGCCUGUUGGAAUUCUUUCAGCGGCACAUGCACCAUGAGUUGGAGUGUCAUCAGAAGACUCAGCAGAACUUUGAGGCUGUAGUGGCAUCGCAAACCUUCGAACUGGAGGAGGAGCUACGCUUGACGUUCUCGUCCCAGAUGACUUUGGAGGGUUUGUUGAGGAACGAAGAGCUGCGCGCUGAAGCGAUGAAACAAUCGGAGCGCGAGUUUAAGGCUCCAUUUAGGUCACGACUCCGAGAGAUGCAAGCAGCAGCAGAAGCACGCUUGAAGUUGCAAAAGCUCUUCACCAGUGUGGCCUUCACAUGCCUGGGCCAACCCAUUCCUACUGAGGGCGAGCCUGUGGACACACCAGAAGCGCAACUGAACUAUUUGAAGGCUUACAAAUUCAAUGAGGUUGCGCAUCAGCACUUCCGACAGCAGCAGAUCGACGCGCAGCAGGCGGCUCUUAGAGCUCAGGCGCACCACCACGCACAGCAAGCCGCAGCACAGCAAGUGGUCUUGCAGCAGGCAGCACAGGCGGGCUUGGCACAGCAGCCAGUGCCGCAGCAGGCUCCGCCGCCUCAAGGGCCACCCGCCCAGGCGCCACCAGCGGCGCCACCGGCGCAGGCGCCUCCACCGGCACCGCUGCCACGACCACAGGAAGCUGUGCUACCGCAGGCGAAUGCUCCGAAAGCCAAGGCAGUGCCGCAAGUGCCGGAAAACGCUCUGAGGGCAGGGCCGAAGGGACCGCCACCAACUGCGAUGCCUCCUCCAUAG